UUGGAACUGGAUGCUCAAGCUAUGUCUGUACUGUGGUUGGAGAUGUGGUUACAACUCGUGGGCAUACCAGUGUGACAUUAAUCUAGUUAGCAUGACUAAAAAUAGCAGUGAAGACAUGGCAGCAAAGACUCUGGCGUGGGCUAGGAAUGCCAAUACGUACCCAUGUUCCUGGGAGGGUUUGCGUAGCCUAAGUUGCCACAUCUUCACUGUUGUUUUUAUCCUACUACCUAGGUUAAAGCUAGUGGAUGUGCUUAUAUGAGCUUGAAGUCACACGUGUGACAGCAACAUAAAAUAGUCUGAAUUGUUCUAGCAAUGUUGUUUUCACACUUAGGUGAACUCAUUCAGUACUGCAACCUGUCACUAGUGAUAGAUUCUCUUUUUGUGGGGGAGGGGAGGUUUUGUUCGGAAGUAAAAUCUAAUCAGAUUAAUAUUCAUAUAGAAAUAUAUUUUGUAAACCUUUUAAAAGUUUAAUCUGUUCUUAUUUUUACAGUAAUUUGGAUCCACUUACAGAGACUUAUGGGAUACCCUUUUACCUACAGUAUCUGGCUCACUGGCCAGAGUAUUUUAUUGUUGCAGAAGCACCGGGUGGAGAGCUGAUGGGUUACAUCAUGGGGAAAGCUGAAGGCUCCGUGGCCCGGGAGGAGUGGCACGGGCAUGUCACGGCUCUCUCUGUUGCCCCUGAGUUCCGCCGACUGGGUUUGGCUGCUAAAUUGAUGGAAUUACUGGAGGAAAUUUCAGAGAGAAAGGGUGGAUUUUUUGUGGAUCUCUUUGUAAGAGUGUCGAAUCAGGUUGCAGUAAAUAUGUACAAGCAACUGGGAUACAGUGUCUACAGGACAGUACUUGAGUACUACUCAGCUAGCAAUGGGGAGCCUGACGAAGAUGCUUAUGAUAUGAGGAAAGCACUUUCCAGAGAUACAGAGAAGAAAUCAAUUAUACCAUUACCUCAUCCUGUGAGACCAGAAGACAUUGAAUAACUUUAAGCUGUGGUUCUCAGGCAGUUUACCCAGAGUGUUUAUGGACAACUUAAAAUUUAGAGCACAGAGAGCAUCAAUUGUUUUUGAAGGUAACAAAAAAUCUUGGAUAGAUGAGGAGGAAGGGACAUGCCUAAAAAAGAAAAGUAGGCUCAAUGUUUUACUUUUUAUGAAGUCCCAAAAACAACAGGAAGCUUACAGUUUCACUGUUUAUAUUUUGAUUUCUUCAUAAAAAGCAAACAAGUUUCAGCAUUCCAUCACUAUUAAAACACAGUGUUGGAACAUAACAAUACUUCCUCCUCCUGGGCCUGAGAAUCACAGCUGCAAACGUUCUUGUUCAUCCUUUGUAUGAACAGUUGAAUUCUAAGGGUAGACAUGAAAAAGAUGAAGUGUAUAAUAAAAUACAAAAUCAGUGCGAUACUGGUUUCUGUAAAGUCA